AUGCUCUCACGUGUUGCUGCUGUCAAGGCACCCCGCACACACAACCGUCGCCGCGUGACCGGAUCCCGCGGAAGGAGGAGGGAAGGAAGAGAGAGUGAGCCGAAGAGGCCCAACAUGUCCCGGCAUUUGUUUAAUUUUGUGAUUCUGCUGCUCCUCGUCACGACGAUGUGCUGCGCCACCUGUAGAGCUACGCCUGCAAAGGAGAAUGAUGGCAACAGUGAUUUAAGAGGUGUUCAGGAGCUGCAAUGGGUCGAUCUGUUUGUGCCGCAGACGACGCAGGUGCUGCCGAAGAAGGGGACUGGCUCAAGUGGGAGGGAUUCAUUUGUUUCACCCUCUCUCGUCAGUGCUGGUGGAGUAAUUGCUGCUUUUGCUGAAGGUCGCAUGAUGGCCGAAUAUGGCACUAAUGAUGUACCAAUUAAGCACUUUUCUUCUGAUGUUGUUGCGGAGUACAUCGACUCUGCGUGGGAGUGGCCCACUCUUGUUGAAAAGGUCGGUAAAGGAACACGGAGUGCACACACCGUGCUUGGCAAAGCGGAGGGAAAGGAGAGUUUGGAUGUUGUGCACCACCCCACAACAACGAUGAAGGGCAAUAAGGUGUUUCUUCUUGUGGGAAGCACUGCCUUGUCCCCUGUAAAUGGGAGUUGGAAAGAGGGCAGCCUGGAACUAAAAGUGGUUGUUGGUGAGGUCACGAAGCCUUCUGCGGACAGCGAGCCGAGUGAGUGGAUCAAAUGGGGCGAAGUUCAAUCGCCGGUGCAGCGGACUACUUUGGCUGCUCAAGGAAGAAAAUUGACGGAGUUUAUUGCUUCUGGUGGCUCAGGUGUUCUGAUGGAGGAUGGCACGAUUGUGUUUUCUCUGAUGGCGAUGAAUGAAAAAAAUGAUGGCGUUUACUCCAUGAUUAUUUACUCGAAGGACAACGGCAGUACCUGGUCGCUCUCAAACAGUGUUUCCCCUGCGAAAUGCGGUUCACCCCGCAUCACCGAGUGGGAGGGAUCACUUCUCAUGAUUGUUGACUGCGAGAAUGGCCAGAGGGUGUACGAGUCGCGUGACAUGGGGACAG